AUGUCCGACGAGGCCAUCGACAGUUUGAGCUUCAUCAAGAGCCACUGGACAGCAUGGUGGAUGCUCGGAGUGGCUCACAAACGGGUUCAGUCCUUUCGUGGCCUCUACCUCUGCUGCAGUGUGGUGCUCAAUGUGCUGUUCACCGUCGGCUAUCCGCUCCAUUUGGGCCUGUCCCUCUUUCACAACCGCAGUCUCACCGAGGACAUCCUCAACCUGACGACCUUUGCGACGUGCUUUGCCUGCUCCGCCAAGUGCCUUCUCUACGCCUACAACAUUGGCAAGGUGGCUCGGAUAGAGCAGCUCCUGCGGCUGCUGGAUGAGCGAGCGAGUGGCAUCGAGCAGCGUGCCAUAUACGGCCAAUUGAAGGUGCAGCUUCGCACCAUCCUCUAUGCCUUUAUUGCCAUCUACAUGCUUUGCGGUCUUUUUGCCGAGCUCUCCUUUAUCUCUAAGGAAGAGCGGGGCCUCAUGUACCCCGCCUACUUCCCAUUCGACUGGUUAAACUCCACGAGGAACUACUACAUAGCCAACGUCUAUCAAAUUGUAGGGGUGUCCUUUCAACUCGUGCAAAACUAUGCCAAUGACUGCUUUCCUGCCGUGGUGCUCUGCCUAAUCUCGUCACACGUGAAGAUGCUCUACUCACGCUUUGAAGACAUUGGCAGGGAUCCAUCCAUUGAUGCUGAGAAGCAGCUGGAAGACUGCAUCACCGAUCACAAGCGCCUGCUCGAACUCUUUAGAUGUAUUGAGGGAUUUAUGUCACUGCCAAUGUUCAUCCAAUUCACGAUCGCCGCUCUAAAUGUUUGCAUCAGUGUCGCCGCUCUCGUGUUCUUCGUCAACGAACCCAUGGCCCGCAUUUAUCUCCUCUUUUAUGGCCUUGCCAUGCCGCUCGAGAUUUUUCCCUCCUGCUACUAUGGCACCGACAACGAGUACUGGUUUGGACGCCUCCACUACGCCGCCUUCAGCUGCAACUGGCCCGUGCAAGGACGCAGCUUCAAGCGGAAGAUGAUGCUCUUUGUGGAGCGAUCGCUGAAGCGGAGCACAGCGAUUGCCGGUGGCAUGUUUCGAGUCCAUGUGGACUCAUUCUUCGCGACCCUAAAGAUGGCAUACUCCCUGUUCACGAUUAUUAUUCGAAUGAGAAAGUAG